AUGACCUCCAUCAUAGCAACUGAUAAGGAGCUCCACCUCUUGGGCCUCCCCGCCGAGCUCAUCUUGAAAAUAUUGAUCCACGCCGUUCUCGCCCGUGGAAUUAGGAGAGCUUUGAGAUUAAGGCUUGUUUGCAAGCGAUUUUCCCAUGAAAUCGAGCCUGCAAUUUUUGCAUCGCGGCUACUAGACUCCUUCGACACAGAGAGAGUCUUGUCCGAAUGGUACAUCAAGAACGAUCAUGGAGCCACCAAGUUCUGGCACUCCUACCUCGUGUACCGAGUUCAAAACGAGAUGUCUACGCCUUUUUCUCAGCGCCGCUAUCUCGAUAUCGGCCUCGUUGCUAAGCGUGUUUGUGAAGAAACAGGUGCUGACGUGGGGGCUACAAUUGAGACUCUCUGCUGGCCGGCAUUGCAACAGGGUACAAAUCCUUCCACUAACUCUAAGCUCGAGAAAGAGCCACAGAGCCCUGAUCUAGACCUCUUGUGCGCCGCGGCGUACCUAAACCUUAUCCCCAUAGCGAAACGGCUGCUCCAAGAAGGCCAUUCUCCCCACAGUGAGAGCCACCUCUUCUCUUCGCCCAUGAAACUCGCUGCAUGGGCAGGGAACGCGCAGAUGCUUGAGAUUUUUCAAGAGCACGUACCCGAGCUGGAAAAUCUCGACCCCUUCCUCAGGUUCAAUCGCAACUGGAGAGGGAAGGUAGGACCGGCUUCAAUCUGCGGGGCCGCGAUGAGGGGAGAUAUAAAGAUGGUUCGUCUGGCCAUAUACCCCCCUUCACGAGCUGCACCAGACAGCACGGAUUUUGUCGGUGAAGCAUUCGGAACUCUUGAUGGCCGUACCAGCAUAGGCAAUGCGCUUGCUGUAGCGCAAUGGGUUACAAGGAAUGUCGAGGUGUAUAAUUACCUUGACAGCUUCUUCUCUGAGCCUCACGACGUAUCUGGUGCCUUGGCAAGGCAUGCUCAUCUGGGAAACCUUGAAAUGGUGCGGCAUCUUCUCGAUUCUGGAGCCGAUACACGCGGAGUAUCCGCUCGAAUUGGAAACCCGCUUGUCGAAGCUUGCCGACGGUGCCAUGAAGAUGUCGUUGAUCUCUUAUUGGAACGUGGUGCCGACCCGAAUUUUGAGGGACAUGAAGACGGAGCGUUUACGGGUAAUCCGACUGUUACAGCAGCCGCUAAAGGAAGUCUCGUCAUAGUUCGCAAGCUGAUUGAUCACGGCGCCGACAUUGACUACGGGAUGGUUGAGGGCUUGGAGAUGGGUCCAUUCGCGUUGAAUGCGGCGGUACUCGUUGAGCAUACGGCUAUGGUGAAGUUUCUUGUGGCAGCGGGUGUUGAUUUAGGAGUUAACGGGGAAGCUCUAAUUCAGUUAGCUGCAUCACGGGGUCUCGACUCGAUGGUUGAAGUACUACGGGGGGAGGGGGUAACUCUCAGCUGA